AUGCCGGCCUCAAGGCCCUUGGGUUUAUACCCUUUGCGUGCGGCGGCUCCAAUUGGGAAGAGGAUUCCGCGACUGGACAGAAAUAGAAUUGCCAACUUUUAUACUCCAGGACAGUGGGAGAAGGUCAACCUGUUGAGUGUCCUGAAUGAAGCUGUCUUCUCAGGCGCGCCCCAUGUGAAACUUUCUGUAUGGGAUGCUCCAGGAACAACACGUCCGAGCUUCAGAGAGGCAAGUGACGCGUCAAAUUCGUUUCGAGACGCCAAAGUAGGUGACAAAUUUGGCCCAUCCUGGUCGACGCACUGGUUUAAAGUCUUUCUUACCCUCCCCCAAGAGGUAUGUGGGAAAGAUAACAUCGAGUUGCACUGGGAUUGUGAAAAUGAAGCCACGGUAUGGACCGAAAAUGGACUCCCUCUCCAAGGGCUUACCGGUCGAGGCGAGCGAGUGGAAUGGAUCAUCCCGGACUCUUUCAAGGAUGGAGAAGAGCAUCUUAUCUACAUUGAGAUGGCAUGCAAUGGUAUGUUUGGAAAUGGACCUGGCCGACCGAUUUUCAAGAACAACGCUGGAGGUGACUCCAUCCAACCACCCGAUCCGGACAAGUACUUUCAACUCUCCAAAGCAGAAAUUGUGGUAGUCGACUUCCAGGCCCGCAUGCUCCAUAUGGAUAUCGUCGCCAUCUGUGAUGCUGCGACAGAGUUUCCAGAAGAUUCGUGGCAGCAGCACAAAGCGCUGGCUGUAGCCACAAGAAUCGUCAACACUUUCCAAGCGCAAAACAAAGAUUCCAUUCCAGAAUGUCGCUGCAUUGCCCAAGAAUUUCUUGGCCCUAACAUUGACUCCACUGAACUCUUUCGACAAGACAGCUCCGAAGAAAUUGAUGUAUUUGCGAUCGGCCACUGCCACAUCGAUACUUGCUGGCUCUGGCCCUGGGCAGAAACAAAAAGAAAAGUUGCACGCUCAUGGCUCAAUCAAUGUGAUCUGAUGGAGCGAUAUCCUGAACUGCGAUUUGCCUGCUCGCAAGCGCAGCAAUUUAACUGGCUCAAGGAAGAUUACCCCCACGCCUGGGAUCGCGUCAAGGCAAAGGUUGCAGAAGGGAAAUUCCAUCCGAUUGGAGGUUGCUGGGUUGAGCACGAUACCAAUUUGCCCAGUGGUGAAUCUCUUGUUCGACAGUUCCUUUAUGGCCAGAGGUUCUUUGAAAGCAAUUUCGGAGCUCGUAGCACAACCCUCUGGCUUCCAGAUACGUUUGGCUUUGCCGCCCAGCUGCCACAAUUGUCCAGGCAGGCCGGUAUGAACCGCUUCCUGACGCAGAAAAUUUGCUUCAAUAAUAUUAAUGAAUUUCCUCAUACAACAUUCAAUUGGGUCGCACUCGAUGGUAGCCAGGUCAUUAGUCACAUGCCUCCAGUCCGAACGUACACAGCUGAAGGGACUGUUGCCGAUGUGAAGAAGAGCGUAUCAAAACAUCUUUCGAUGGACCAGGAUCAUACCUCCUUAAUGGCUUUUGGAAAAGGGGACGGUGGUGGCGGCCCAACUUGGCAACACCUUGAGCGACUAAGAAGAUGCCGAGGCGUUGCUGAUACAGUAGGUCUGCUACCCAGAGUGCACCUUGGAAAGUCAGUCGACGAAUUUUUCGAUGGUCUUGAAAAAAAGGCAGGCAGUUUAGUCACCUGGCACGGCGAGCUUUACUUCGAACUACACCGCGGUGUUUACACGACGCAGGCUAAAAGCAAGCUGAAUAAUCGCAAGUCUGAAUUUUUACUACAUGAUAUCGAGCUGCUUGCUACAAUUGCUUCGGUUUCAGAUUCCACGUACGAAUACCCGAAGAAGCAAAUCGAUGACAUGUGGAAAGGUGUGCUUUUGUGUCAGUUCCACGACUGUUUACCUGGCACUUCAAUCAAAAUGUGCUAUGAUGACUCGGAGAAAGUCUAUGGUGAAGUGUUUGCCACCGGAAGUACUCUUUUGAAUGAAGCAUAUAAAGCUCUUGGCCUUGAAGCCUUACAAGAGAAUAGUCAUGAAGCCAAUAAUGUCAUCGCUCUCAACACGCUACCGUGGUCACGCAAUGAAGUAAUCCAACUUCCAGAUUCAAAAUUGGCGGUUGCUUCUGGCAAUGGAAAUAUUUUAUCGGUUGAAAGAUGUGCUUUAGCAGAUGUUAAACCUCUAGUCACUGUUCUAGAGACAUCAAAGAAUGUGUUCCAGCUCCAGAAUGACCAACUCUCCGUGACCGUUGAGUAUGGCUGCAUCACAUCUCUAUACGACCGGCUAGCGGAUCGCGAAAUAAUACCCAGUGGCGCAAAGGCCAAUCAGUUCGUAAUUUUCGACGAUAAGCCAAUUUACUGGCAAGCAUGGGAUGUUGAAGUCUAUCACCUCGAGACGCGACAUCAGUUGCCCUGUGGAAACACAAGGAUCGUUGAGAACAGCUCGCACAGAGUGAGUGUUAGCACUGAAAUCAGAAUCAAUGAUAGCAGUUCAAUAAAGUCGACUGUGUCCUUGUCUGCUGCCUUCGCUGGGCAAAGGUCUUACGUCGAAUGCUCGGCUGACAUUGACUGGCAUGAGAGCAUGAAAUUUCUCAAAGUUGAAUUUCCAGUAGACAUUCGCAACACAGAGGCUGCUUAUGAGACGCAGUAUGGAAUUAUCAGAAGACCUACGCAUUAUAACACAUCCUGGGAUAUGGCCAAAUUCGAAGUCUGCUGCCAUAAAUUCGCCGAUCUGUCCGAGCACAACUACGGCGUAUCCAUCAUUAACGACAGCAAAUACGGCUUCGCAACAGUCGGGAAUACGAUGCGGCUAUCUCUUUUGAGAUCUCCCAAGGCACCUGAUGACACUGCUGAUAUGGGCUGGCACCAUAUCCGUUGGGCUAUAAUGCCACACCGCGGUGGUCUUAGCGCUGACACUGUACGUACAGCUUACGCUUUCAACAACCCUCUUAAACUACUCGUCGCCAAAUCAGAGACGGGGUCAUUGGCCAGUGGGUUUCCAAUUUUCUUGGAAGGUGACGACAGUCUCGUGCUCGAUACUAUUAAGCGUGGAGAAGACGAUGAGGAUGUCACCAACGACGACUUGUCUGUCCGCAAGGGGAAGAGCGUGGUAGUUCGUGUCUAUGAGUCUCUCGGCGGACGCUCGAGAGGAUCUGUAGUGACAAAAUUGCCCGUGAACAAAGUCUACAAGACAAAUCUACUUGAGGAUGAUGGAGGGGAGGUUGCUUUCAAUAACGGACAUUUCAAGAUUGAUUUAGGGCCAUUUCAAGUUGCCACCUAUCGCCUUUGUCUAGUAUAA